AUGAACAGGCCUGGCGAGUGCCUGUCGUCCAGUGCCCUGAGGAUGUGGAGUUGCUUGUUGGCUCUGGGGCUGACCAGUUGCGCCCAGCAUCGAGGGUGGGAGACGUACCCCACCACAGACACACACACACACCAACACCCCACUUUGCCCUGGCCCCAGGCGCCAGCUAAAUUCUUUCUUUCGCCCAUAGAUGAGAAACCGGAUUGCUCCAAGGCCCGCUGCGAAGUCCAGUUCUCUCCGCACUGCCCCGAAGAUUCCAUCCUGAUCGAGGGCUAUGCGCCCCCCGGGGAGUGCUGCCCCCUGCCCAGCCGCUGUGUGUGCGACCCGGCGGGCUGCCUGCGCAAAGUGUGCCAGCCCGGGCACCUCAACAUCCUGGUGUCCAAGGCCUCGGGGACGCCAGGGGAGUGCUGUGACCUCUAUGAGUGCAAGCCAGUCUUCAGCGUGGACUGCAGCACUGUGGAGUGCCCAUCGGUUCAGCAGGCCGUGUGCCCCCUGGACAGCUACGAGACCCAAGUCAGACUCACAGCGGAUGGAUGCUGCACUCUGCCCACGAGAUGCGAGUGUCUCUCUGGCUUAUGUGGUUUCCCCGUGUGCGAGGCGGGCAGCACCCCACGUAGAGUCUUGCGUGGAACCGGGACUCCUGGCAAGUGCUGUGAUGUCUUUGAAUGUGUUAAUGAGACCAAGCCGGCCUGCGUGUUCAACAACGUCGAGUAUAGCGACGGCGACCUGUUCCGAAUGGACAACUGUCGCUUCUGCCGCUGCCAGGGGGGUGUCGCCGUCUGCUUCACCGCCCAGUGCGGGGAGCUAAACUGUGAGCGCUAUUACGUGCCCGAAGGGGAGUGUUGCCCUGUGUGUGAAGAUCCCGUGUACCCGCUCAGCAAUCCUGCUGGCUGCUACGCCAGUGGCCAGAUCCGUGCCCACGGUGCCCGCUGGCGGGAGGACGACUGCACCUUCUGCCAGUGCAUCGACGGAGAGCCCCAUUGCGUGGCCACGGCCUGUGGCCAGAGCUGCAUGAACCCCGUCAAGGUGCCCGGGGAGUGCUGCCCCGUGUGUGAGGAGCCUUCCUACAUCACCAUGGACCCCCCAGCCUGCGGAGAACUGACCAAUUGCACCCUCACGGAGAAGGACUGCGUGGAUGGUUUCAGGCUGGAUGCCAGCGGCUGCCCCACCUGCCAGUGCAAAAGCCGGGACACACUGUGCUCAGGCCUCAAACACGACUGCACCCUGGACUGCCCCUUCGGCUUCCUGACUGAUGCCCACGACUGUGAGCUGUGCCAAUGCCGCCCUCGGCCCCGGAAGUGCCGGCCGGUCGCCUGCGACAAGCACUGCCCAUUCGGAUACGUGAGAAACAAGCACGGCUGUGGCAUUUGCCGUUGUAAGAAGUGCCCGGAACUCCCCUGCAGCCGAAGUUGUCCCUUGGGCUUCCAGCGAGAUGCACAAGGCUGUCCCCUGUGCAGAUGCAGAGAGGCGGCUCCCUCGUCCCAGCCCCCGGUGCUGCCGGGCGCCUGCCUGUCCAUGGACGGCCACCACCACCGCAACCAGGAGAGCUGGCACGACGGCUGCCGCCAAUGCUACUGCCACCGCGGGCGGGAGAUGUGCGCCCUCAUCAGCUGCCCCGUGCCCGCCUGCAGCAACCCCACCAUCCACCCGGGUCAGUGCUGCCCAUCCUGCUCAGAGGACACGGCCAUGCAGACGCCUGAGCUCCUGGCACCCUCCCUGUGCCCAGCACCCGGCGGCGAGUACUUCGUGGAGGGGGAGACGUGGAGCCUGGACUCCUGCACGCAGUGCACGUGCCACAGCGGGCGGGUGCUGUGUGGGACCGAAGUGUGCCCCCCGCUGCUGUGCCACAACCCCGUGCGCACCCAGGACUCCUGCUGCCCUCAGUGCCCAGAAGAGCCACCACCGCCACCACCGUCUGCCCGCCCCCAGGGCCACCCACCCCGCUACUGCCGAGAUGCUGGCGGCCACCUGUUCCUGGCGGCCGAGUCCUGGAAGCCUGACGCCUGUACAAGCUGCGUGUGCGCCGACGGUGACAUCCGCUGCUUCCCCGAGGCCUGCCCCGCACUGAGCUGCGAGCGGCCGGUGCUGCGCAAGGGACAGUGCUGCCCCUACUGCAUCGAGGACGUGCUCCCCAAGAAGGCCGUGUGCCACUUCAGCGGGAAACUCUACGCGGAUGAGGAGCGCUGGGAUCUGGACAGCUGCACCCACUGUUACUGCCUGCAGGGCCAGACCCUCUGCUCCACCGUCAGCUGCCCGCCUCUGCCCUGCGCGCGGCCCAUCCAUGUGCAGGCCAGCUGCUGUCCCAUGUGCCCAGAAAUGUACGUCCCAGAGCCCACCAACAUCCCCAUUGAGAGGACACACCGAGGAGGAGAAAAGGGCCUGGCUGUGCCCCUGAGACCCACCCCCGGGGAGAACGACAUCCACCAGUCCCGAGACUUGGGUUUGAGUCACCUCCAGAUGGACAGCAGAGGUCACAAGAGGCCGCCCCCUGGGGGAGAGUCUCCGCUGAACUCGGUGGCCUGGGUAGCCCUUCCGCUCCUGCUCGGCCUGUCCGUCCUGGUCAUCUUCCUCAUCAUCAAUCAGAAGAAACAGUGUGUCCCGCUGCUCUGCUGGUACCGGGCACCAACCAAGCCUUCAUCCCUCAGCAGCCAGCUGGUGGCCGUGGACUGCAAGAAGGGCGGCCGGGCAGGGCCGCAGCGGAUGCUCCGGAUGGCUGAGCCCGAGACGGCCCGCCUGAGCGGCCUCUACAGCAUGCAGAAGCAGGGCCACCUGCAGGCCGACAACUUCUACCAGACCGUGUGAGCUCCCGCCGCCACCGCCACCACCGGCCGACCAGGCUUUCUGCACUAGCCUCGUGAGGGGGACUGGCUGGCAUGGACUCGCAUCCAGUGCUCAGAGCUGCGGGCAGUGCCCCUCGCAUUCCGCCUUCGCCUCCAGAUUAACUGACCAAGCGUUUCCUUAGAACCAAAGUCUUUCGAGUCGCUACAAUCCAUUUGCUUUGUAAGAUAGCUGUAGAGAUAUUGGGGGGGAGCAGGGGACACCUCGAGUUUGAUGGGCACGUGGGGAGGUGUGGGGCGGGUGGGAGGGGGUCGGGAAGACUCGUUGGUCAGUGUGGCUUGGGGAGGAGAGGCACGUCCCCGUCCCCCGCAUAUACACACACCCUGGAUGCUCAGAAGACUGGAUCGGGGGGCCUCCAUCCCCCCACACAGAGCAGAGCCCAGGCCCGGAGGAGCAGACAUCAAGACGGAAGACCCCCCCCCCCCUCGGCCCGGCUACUGAGGACCACCUCAGCUUGCAAGCGGGCAACUCAACUUGGAACCUCUUUCCGGCCCCCAGGCCGAGCACCCCCUUUUCUCUUCUAUCCAGUUCCAGCUGUAGUAGUGGGGUGCAGACCAGAGCAAUGUGAUGGGUGAGCACAGGGCUCAAGUGGCCAGUGACCCUGGGGGCUUCUUCGGGUCCCUUUCUGCACCCACCACCAGCCUCGCUCCCCGCUGAUGGACAGACGGACAGAGCGCAGGGACCAGGCCCGAGGCAAGCUCGGCACCUGGCAGGAGGCGGGGAGAGAAGGAAGGACGAGUUGGUCACGAACACGCCUCAGUUUCUGGAGAAGCUCUAGCUUAAGAAGAAAAAGAAGAAACUACUUUGGUUUUUAUGUUGUUGUUGUUGUUGUUGUUGUUAUUGUUUUCUUUUUUAAAGGAAAAAAAAUGACUGUUCGGGGAUUAUUUUUUUCUUAUUAUAUGCUGAUUCUACAGACUAGAAACUACUUCAUUUUAAUGUGUAUUAUUCAAGCACCUUUGUUGAAGCCAAAAACAAAACGCCUCUUUCAACUUCAGCAGUGAUAGAAUAUUUAUGUCACUAUCUGAGGCUUCAAACAAACCAACAAAAAAAGAAAGAAACAGAAGUAUUUGCGUGGGUGUGUAUAUAAUAUAUUCCUAUAUAUUUAUACACAUACAAUUUAUGUUUUCCUGUUGAAUGUAUUUUUAUGAGAUUUUAACCAGAGCAGAGACAGACAGGCAUUCCAGAUCAAUGCUUCUCGGUCACUUCAAAAAUUCGGGAAUAAACUCAUCCAUCCUCGCUGCAGUGUGACUGGCAGGCGUGCGAAUGUGUGUGCUCGUGAGCGUGUGAGUGCGCGUGUGCGUGUGCGAGGCCUUUCACGGGCCUCCACCUCCUUGGGAGAAGCUAUUCCUCGAUGAUCAUCUAUCUUCCUCAUUUGGACUCGCUUUUGGGUUUCUUUGCAAUUCGCUCCGAGGCCAGAGACACCAACCGCAGUUCCUCUGUGUGUGUGCGUGUGGCUCUGAUCAGCUCCUGGAUUUUUUGGGAUUUUUUUUUUUUUUAGUUUAGUUUUGGGGGGCUUUUUGUUUUGUUUUGCUUUGUUUUAUUUUCAAACAACGGUUUGAAACAACUACUGGAAUAUUGUCCAUAAGAAGCUGGAAGCUCGAUGUAGUCCGCCUCCAGUUAUCACUGACUGUAAAACUUAGCGUGUUACCUUUCCGGACACCUCUUAGCACUUUGAAACGAAAUGAUCCAUUUGUGCAUUGAGUUUUUUUUAUUUUGCUUUCCUUUGAAAAAUGCUCGUUGUGAAAGACACAUACCCAGUAUGCUUAAUGUGAAAAGAAAACGUGUUGUUUUUGUAAAGGAACGUUCAAGUAUUGUUGUAAAUACUUGGGCGUGGGUUGCUGAACUUUAAAAAAAAAGAAAUCUUAAUUUAUUAUUAUAAUGACCUAAUUUAUUCAUCUGAAGAUGAACCAUUUUUGUCUUAGGAUCUCAAAACAGAAAAAGUAAAAGGUGUUCUAGCUGUUUGCAUCAAAGAAGAAGAAAUAAAAAAAAAAAGAUUUAUUAUCAAGGGGCAAUAUUUUUAUCUAUUUCCAAAAUAAGUUUGUUAAUGAUGUGUUACAUCAACCUGAUUAGUAAGACUAUUUUGUUGACAAUAAAUCCAUUCCUGGCAUUAAAAAAAAACUUUAUCAAAAAAA